AUGGGCGAGGCUGCGGGCGAGUCGCGAGGCGAGGCGGGCGCGAGUCGGGACGAAGCGGUCAAUCGAUGCGACGGACCGGGGCGAUCGUCGGCGCUGGUCAUGGCUGCGCAGAGGAAUCGGGCCGUUGCUGUGCGCAUGCUGCUUGAUGCUGGUGCUGAUCCGCAUGUUAGGAAUGGUGCUGGCCUUACUCCGCUUCAUGUCGCUGCUUGGUACGGCGCUCACGCUGCGGCAGAGGCUCUGUUGUCUGGACGGUCGCCGUCGUCCAUGUCGGCCAAGGCGGCGUCAUUGCUCCGCGCAUCGAAAGCGUCGUCGUCGGCAGCGGCGGCAGCUGGCAAGGAUGGGCUGGAUCCGGCAGAGACUGCGGCGCUGCGUGGUGCAGCCUAUGUCGAUGUGCGCGCUGGCGGGAGCGUCCGCGUAACGCCGCUCAUGAUGGCGGCACAUCAAGGCCACGACGCGCUGGUCCACCUCCUCCUCGCCGCCGGCGCCAGCGUCGACGCGGUUGCGGACGACCGUGCCCGGACCUCGCUGCACAUGGCGGCUGUUCGCGGCCGGCACGGCGUCGCGGUGCGGCUCCUCGCCGCCGGCGCAAACCCAACCGCGGUGACGGCCGACGGCGAGACGCCCGCCGACAUCGCGUUCACGCCUCAGCUUGCUGCUCUGCUCGACGCAGCAGCCUCCCAGUCCGCAGUGGGCGAGGAAGCGAGUGCGCCAGUGUAG